CGGCGUAGGGUACACGUACGUUCUUGUCGACGCGGCGUAGACUCCGCGCGACCGCACGUACAUACAUUUGCAAUCGGCUGCACCUUCUUACACUUUCUGCAGCCGAAAUAACGGAGGUGCAAAAGGUGCAACGGAAUAAGCGCGAAAAUAAGAUACCGCGUCCACGCGAGAAAGGACUCCCGGCCGAUUCGGCUGGGAUUAGGUGCGAGGGGAAAAAGGAUCGCGCCGAGUGCCGCCGCGGGCCUCGCGGUUAUCCCGUCGGCGACUCCGUGGCGUCAUUCCGUCGGCAAGGAUGAAAGGCUGGUUCAACCGCGACGAGGAGGGCAAGGUGAUCAUAGACAGCAACGGUUUUGUGACGAUCACAUGCGAAGAGGAGAAUGUGGCGUUCCAGCUUCACAUAUCGGAGAUCGACGAGAAGGCGGAGCAAAUGUGCUUCAAUGUCAACGGCAAGGAUAUAUACAUCGACGUCGUCCCGUGGGAGAUGGCCGAUAACGACUCCGAGAGCGAGAAAGCCCAGGCGGACAAGUCCAAGGAGGAGGAGAAGGCCGGCGCGUCGACGAGUAAGGGUGGGAACGUGAUUUUCCCCUGGUGCGACGCCUCGACCAAGAUCUUCCUGAAGCAGUACAAAGAGAAGAAGGAGCUGGUGAAAAAUCGGAAGCUGAAGAACAUGAAGAAGGCGUACCAGGAGAUAGCUCAGAGUCUGAUUGACAACGGCUUCACCGUGUCGCCGCUGCAGGUGGAGAACAGAUACAAAACGCUCAAACGCGCCUACAAGAACAUGAUGAUACACAACCGGAGGAACGGGCGGGGAAAGUACAUAUGCAGUUACGAACGAGACCUGGACGAGAUCUUCUCCAAUAAUCUGUACGACACGGAGUUGAACGGCGACGACGACCUGCAGCAAUCGUCCACGGUGAUUGGCAAAAGCAAUAGUACCGAGGCAUCGCUCGAUUUCAAGCACAACGCCAGAUUAGAGGCGCAGAACGGGAAGAUACUCGAGAGUCUGCAGAGCUGUCACCGUUUAUUGAAGACCUUGGUAAACAGGCUGGACAACAAGAACAAAAAUUCCAAUUACAUGCAGAACGGAGUCCUGCAAGUGUGCAUGGAGAUGCGGGACAUGCAGAAGGAGGCGUAUUCGCGCGCGGAGGAACAGAGAGAGCGGGCCAACGCGCAAAGGGAGGCGAGGAACAAUUUGUUGGACGAAAUUCUAACGAUGCUAAAGUCUGGAAAGAACACGUAAUACGACCAACGCCAAAGGGACGCACGAUCUUGUUUCCACGAAUAGUUGCAAAGUAACAGAAUUUAUUUAUUCUAUUGAACGCAAGAAGCGGCGACUCUCUUGUUAUGUAUUUUUAUAAUUUCAUUACACGAUUAACGUUUUUUAACAUCGUCUGCUUAGUGAGGUUCCCGUGUACCGAUAGAAUUAUUUAAACGAUAGAAAAUCUUUACAACCUGGAAAGAGAUGGAAGUAUCUGGUAUAUGUCUCAAACAUGUAAUACCUAAUUCUAUCCAAUUGGCCCACUGAUUCAAAAAUAUUUCUCAGAGAUUCACGGCGAUUGGCAAAAGCAAUAGUGCCAGCUGUGCUACCGAGGCAGCGCUCGAGAGGAUAUUUAGCUAGAUCUGAAUACAUGACCUCGAACGUUCAAGGAAAGUGUCGACUCUCUGGGGAUCCGAUGAUUUUUAUUAUUGGGUCUCAUGAGAUCUAAUUAGAUACGGUACAUCGAAAAACAUACACGAGACUUUCCAUUUUCUUCCUGGCAAAUGAUUAAAUCCUGUGUAAUAUGAUUCUAUAACGCUAUCAUGGAACUGAAUAACGCACUUUAUGUUGUUUACAAGCUACGUAGGUCAUUUGUGAUUUUGUAUUGGCUGUACAUUUAAUAUAAAUGACUUACGUAGCGAGAGACAGGUUUUUGGAAGUUUUAAAAUGUUUCGACAACGCCAGUCGAGAUCAGUGAAAACGUCAGACGUUGGUCACGGAGGAUAAAUUACCAUCGCCACAGCAGCCAGCGUGUUUAACUUGUCCAGCGAGACGGUUGCUGGUAACGGGCUAACGGUGCUGCACGAAAAUAAAUUGUAUAUACUGAUAGGAUACGAUAAGCGAGAUGUUCAUCGUCUGUGCAAGCUCGAAAGCGUGUGAACGACCGGCCGACAACUGGGUUCUAUUCGACUCCGAGGCAUCCCCCUCCCCACUAGAGUCUGCCCUAUAGUUAAAAUUAGAUAAUACAAUUUAAAGUUACAUGGGAUAACUAAUUAAAUUAAGGUUGAAAUUAAAAAGAUCAAAGUUGUACGACAAAUAUCUACGUUACCUUUUCCUGUACAUUAAUAUUGAAGAAUAUAUUCAUAUUUCU